UAUAUGCUCAUUUCAAAAUUUGAAACGCACGGCAAAUUUCUCUCUGCAACUAGGAGGAGAAGAAGAAGAAGACCGACGGAAAUGGAGAACGUAUUAAUGGAUCCAGAGACUGAGUUUUUGGCGUCAAAGCAAGAGACGGGCAACGAGUGGGAACUCUUCAAGGAGAACGUCAGGCCUCUCAAGAGAGGCCGUAACAUCAGUCUUCUCAACGACGCUCUCAAAUCUCACUCUGAUUUCCAGCUCAAGAAAUCCCUUCUCGAUAAACGAAGGAGGCUGAUUGAAGCCAUUGACGAGUACAAAGGCGAAGACCCUCUCCAACCAUGGCUCGAGUGUAUCAAGUGGGUCCAGGAGUCUUUCCCUCCUGGUGGAGACAGCUCAGGACUUGUUGUGAUUUAUGAACAAUGUGUUCGUACCUUUUGGCAUGACGAUCGAUACAAAGAUGAUAUUCGCUACUUGAAAGUGUGGCUAGAAUAUGCUGAAAAUUGUGUGGAUGCUGAAGUCAUCUUUAGUUUUCUGGAGGCAAAUAAAAUUGGACAGACACACUCUUCCUUCUACGUUGCAUAUGCCUUGCACAUGGAAUCUAAAAAUAAAAUUAGAACUGCAGAUGAAAUAUUCAAUCGUGGGUUAUCUAUAAAUGCACAGCCAAUUGAAAAGUUGAAGGAAGCUUAUAGGAAAUUUCUUGGACGAUCAAUGAGGAAACCAAAAGCAGUAGAGGAAGAUUCAACAGAAAACCAAUUGCCAGUUCGAAGUUUUGGUACUUUAUUGGCUAGAGGAGGCACUGGAAAUCAAACUACAGAGACUUCUGAUUUUUCUAGGAAGAAGUUGAAGCAUGGAAGGGCUCAAGUUCCACUACUCCCCAUUUAUAAAGAUAAAAACACUGAUAUCGCAUCAAGCCAUCAUAUAGAGACAUCAAAGUUGGACUCCAGAUCAUGGCACUGCCUUGGUGCCAGAGGAGAGAGGAACAAAGAGAAUAAUGCAAUUCCUUCCAAAUGGACCUCAAAUAAGAUUCCUCAAAGAGCAGUACAUAGAAACAAUGGAGCCACUGCUACUGCAUGCAUCGAGAUUUUUGUGGAUGACGAAUGUAAUGAAAAAUCUGAAACAGAAAAUCGUGGUGAGAAGGUUUCUACUCUGCAGCUCAGACAAGGGGAUGGAAAAGACAUCAAGAAGGAAACGGAAUUAUUGAGGGAGAAUCCACUGCAUUACUUCCCUCCAAACUCCUUGCCUAGAUGAUUAAUUCUGGGAUUAAAAAAUAAAUAAUGCUUUUUGUAGCAUGUUCUUGUUGAAAUUUUACUAUAUUGUGGCUAUCAUUUACAGACCGUUUGGUUUGGUUAUGGGAAUAUGAAUUCCAUUUACGGCUUGUUAGUGUUUGGUUUGAAUAUGAGAAUAUGAAUUCCAUUGGUUUGAAU